AUGGCAAGCAAGAAAAAAUACCAGACACUGAAACCUUCGAAAAGCGGGCCCGCAAAACAUCCACACAAUCCUGAAGCAGUCCAGGCUACGAUGGGAGAACAGAGGGUGACCUAUCUUCGAGUCACGCAACGCUUCAGUAACGAAACAGACGAUGUUACUACAUACGACUGGGUGACGUCAUACCGCCAGGCGACGUACUCAAUAGACAAUGGCUUGCAGAUGGCAAAACUCUCAGGUGUGUUCCGAACUCUGGUUCUGCUAGAGGCCACCAAGCACGUGACAGUGGUGGUCUACUUCCGAUCUGCAAAUCAUGUGGCUAGCUCGCUGGUCUUUCCGGUCCAGGCUUCCGCUUCCGGUUUCUUUGUGAUGAACCCAGCAACCCCUAGCACCGGUAACAGGCUGACGGUCACAGCUCUCAAUGACGAUACAGAGGUCAAGGUCAGGUUUCCAAGAAACUCGACACGCCCUUUCACAGUUGUGGUCAAUGAGUUAAUAUUCCAGCAAAUCCGAUCUUUGAAGUUGACUUUGAAGAGUCUGCAAAGUGUUCAGUUGAUAUCUGAUGAGGAUUUUAGUGGGACGUUUGUCUAUUGUACAAAAAGUGUCGCCGUCUAUUUGGGAAACAGCAACAGUCACAGUAUCAGCUUGGAUAGUAACGUGGACAUGGCUAUCCCAGUGGACAGUUUGACCAGCCAGUAUGUGUCCUUUCCUUCAGGGCCUCCCCUGGGACCGUCUCAAUUCGCAAAGUAUCGCUUCUUAUGUCUGUACGAUAAUACGAACAUCAAAAUAUACACAAACCAAACGGAGACAAUUCAUCUCUCAAAAGCUGGGUUUUUCUCAGAUUUGAUACUUCCGACAGAUGGGUUUAUUUUCUUCGAGAGUGAGUCGCAGCAGCCGUUUCACGUCACGAGGCUGUCCGGAAGUGGAGCCUGCGUGACCUCACUGCUGCCGGACACCUUGUGGAAAAGUAACUAUGACGUCUACGUGGCAGAGGCUGGGCAGACUAUACACAUUGUCCUGCCAACUGACCAGAGACAAUCGUUUACCGUCAAUGGCUUCAGCUUUGACCUUGGAUACUGUGUAGUUAUUCAAGGGGCGUCGCUAACAGGGUGUAACAUUACCCUCUCUCAAGGUUUGCAUCACCUCGGCUUCAGAAACGCAAGCGUUGUGUUUGCAGCAUACGUCUCCCAGACAGUAGCAAGCUCUUCUUUAGAGUUCUGCCACGCCGUGGGAUCAGUGGAGUCCAUCACGAACAGGCUGCCGCUUCACUGGUCGUUUCCUGCCUUGAAGUACCUUGACCUAUCUGACGAUGAUCCGUUCCGGAAUCCACUGCUGCCAGAAUUGACGACAUCCACUUCUGCUCAAAUGACGACAUCCACUGCUGCCAAAAUGACGACAUCCGCUGCUGCCCAAAUGACGACAUCCUCUGCUGCUCAGAUGACGACUUCCGUCUCUCUUUCGUCUGAUGUCACCAAGACCACCACAAGGGCAACUAACUCUGGCUUCCCGGCCAGCACGAUCGCGGAGACCACGAGCACUUCAUCGACAGAAGCAGCAGCACCAACAAGCGUCGUCUGCUACCCUCUGGGAAUUCCCAUGAACCUCUCCAAGGACGAAGUCGACUCUCUCUUGAACUCUAUCAUAGGACAGCUUCUGGUCCAUUUCGAGGACACGCUGACCUACAGGAUGAGGCAGAACUGCAUGUGGGAUGACAGACCGUCCAGCAAGGUCAUUGGCUUUGGAGGCGUGGCUUUCCUGGUCAUUUGGGCAGUCACCGUGACUUCUUCAGACAUAUUUUUUCUUAUCCGAUUUUGUAUACAGUGCGUUAAGAAAAGUUGUUUCAGACGACACAGCUGACAAUGACUUCUUGAUCUAGUCAGAUUUAUUUGCUGUUGAGUUAUAGUCUCUUUUGCAGACAAAAAAAUAUCUAGAAUUGGCCUUCCUUUUGUUCUUUGUAUACAAUAUAUAUAUAUAUUAAUAUAAAUAUAUAAAUAUUAU